AUAGAUAAUAGAUAUACAUAGGGUAGAGUUUCUUUUUUAAAAUACCGAAGAAAUGUCAAUGUCAGUGUAAUCCAUUUAAAAAAGUAAUGAAAAAUUGAUUAAAUGUAACACAUUAUUGGAGUACAACUUGGUUUAAUAUCUAGUUAUGGGCACGGAAAUACUAAAAUCAUUUGGAGCCCUUCAGUCUGAACUGGAACAAGCCAGGAGCAGCCUGAAAGGGGUUGACGAAAACAUUAAGAGGUUAAUUGGACGCGAUCCUUCCGAAUUCGUUAAUCGACCAGGAAAUAAGCGAGUUUUAAAUGAUGAUCGUGCCAGGUUAAGAGGCAAUAAAACUAGAAACGUAAAUUUAGAAAAUAAUGAACCCACAGUUAAACGUAAAAAAGAAUCGGUGUUUAAGAGGUUAUCUGAGAAACCUACUCCCUAUGAAGAGCUGUCUCAAGCUCAAAAAGGACUUAUUAGUAAAGUCAUUGUUACCCCUCGAGAAGUCCCUAGCAGACAAGAAGCUCUAGCAGCUCAAAGUAAAGAUGUUAAAUCAAAAGAGAGAAAUAGGCGGAUGUUUGGGGCCUUACUUGGAACACUUCAAAAAUUCCAACAAGAAGAAACAAAGCUUAAGCAAAGAGAAGAAAAGAGGGCACAGUUAGAGAAAAAAAUUGAAGAGCAUGAAAUAAAAGAAAAGGCAGAGAUUAAAAAAGAAAGACAGGAGCUGUUUUUUAAUAGAAAGAAGAAGCAAGCAGAAAUUAAAAUGAUCGAAUUGAAAAUGAUGAGAAUGAAAGAAUAUGCCACAUGGGAGGAUAAGCAAAAACCCCUGAUGAACUUUAUCAGGACUAAGUCUAAGCCUCAUAUAUUUUACCUUCCUAAAAGAAUGGAUGAAAAACAUAAAGACUUAUUACAGGCAUCAAAGAAAGAAACAGAAGCCACAAUUGAAAAGAAGAGGCAAGGAGUAAUGGAAGAAUUACAGAGAAUUGAAGACAGAAUGAAGAAGAAUUUUGAACCCAAAACUAAAGGAGACGUAACUGAAACUGAUAAAAUGGAAAUUGAAGAAAAUCAAGAUCAUGAGAUGCAAGAGGAAAUGUCUGAAGAAAAUACAUUGGAACAAGGUAAGAAAAUUGAAGAUAUAGGAGGUGAUACAGAAAAUACAAUACAAAAUAGUGAAGAGGAACAACUAAAACAAAAAAAAGAAAGAGAGGAUGAAAAUAUAAAUGUGGAAGUUGAAAAUAACAGAUCACCAAGGACUCAAACUGAAAAUGGUGAUACAGAAGAAAUAGCAGUUAUAGUGAAACAUGAAGAAAAUUGUAUGACAGACCUACAAAUCAAUAACUCAAGUGUACAGGAAUCAGUACAGUGAAUAAAUGAAAUGGUACAAAUUACUUUUGUUAAUUAAGUGAACCACGAAUUAACACGUGCAUUUUUCUUUUGAAUCAGUUUUUACAAAAAAAUUUAGAGUGUAUGCAAGUUAUAAUGUAUUUUAAGAUGAACUGUGUAAAAUCUCAAAAUAUUUUGUAAUACAUCAGUAAGUAAUCAAUUAAUCAUUGUUUGGCUAUUUCAUUAAAUUGAAUUUUAGAAAA